AUGCGAUGGGUGCCAGCAAUUUCGGGUCGACGCCUGCCAGCUGACUUGAUCGAAGAUCACCACACAACAGCCAUGGCACCCAGCACGUUGGUGGGGCCAAACACUUCUCCUGGUACAAUGGACAGAGCAGUUAUGGGGGACUGCAGGAGAUGGAAUACAGCAGCCGCCACGAUGAAGUCGUUGCCACGCAAAUUGCAGCGGAAUUCCUCACAACCCGGAGUGACAUACCCUGAAAAACCCCCUCUACAAGGGUUGGAUUUGACCAGGAUCAGCACAACCAUGAAAGUGGUAACUCGAGGCCAGCGGGUUGCUGCCAAACUGUUGAAACUCACAAAGAUGACAGACGUGGAAGAGAGGGAGGAGCUCAUGGCGUCCUGUGCAAAAGAAUUUCUGAAAGAAAUGGAUGCCAAGCUGGAGGGCCUGCCCCAGGAAGCUGUUGAUUGCAUCAGCAUCGCAUCCAUGAUGCAUCGUAUUGGCAUGGUGAUGAAAUUCAUACACCCAAAGGAUUGGCUCUUUCAGGGGCAUGCGAAAGUACCCAUUUCCCUCAUAGAAAUGUUCGAUCAAAGGUUCCAAUAUGCUGAGGCCCACCACAUGGCGAGCGUCCUGUGGGGCAUGGGCCAAUUGGGCCGGAGGUCCUUGGAUCUGCCUUUAGGGGAGGGUACAGCCAGAAACCUGAUCGACAGGAUUGUUCAGACUGUGCCUAACAAGUCAGACGGCAUGAAGGGUAAUAGUGUGUGCCAUUUUGUGGAGGGUCUAUCCUUGCUGUAUGACAAGGCACCACCCGGGUGCCUAGAGACACUCUUGGGGAAGACAGCUCCACGUCUGGAGGAAGAACAUACGCUGACGAUGAACAUUGCCAGGCUACUGUAUGGGCUUGCAGAGCUGAACUAUGAGGACAAGAUCGGUGUGGUGGAAGUGGGUGUGAAGCAGCUCGCAUUCCACUUCGCUCACCUUGGAGACAACCAUAUCUCCGAUGCAGUUUGGGCCCUUGGGAAGCUCAAGUCUCCACAUGCAAGCCGGUUCAUGCUGCAUGUCCAGGCUAAGGCUGAGCAAGAAGGCUUUGGCCUCAGCAAGAGCCGAAUGUCGCCGCGGCAGUUGAUACGAUUCGUGUGGGGCAUGGACCAGCUGAAUUACAAGACUGCAGCCAUGGGGAUCAUAAAGAAACUGUGCCCAGAAGUGAAUUACAGGAGGCGCGAGUUCACAAACGAGCAGAUCCAAGAAUUCACCGACAUUUGUGGAAACAUGGGCAUGAAUGUGGGGCAUCUUAUUGAGGAAUGUUGA